UCUUUCGUGUUCACUUUCCCACCUCCAUCUUCAUCUUCAUCCAUAAGCACAGAAAACAAGGAAAACCAGAAGACUAUAUUUUCCUUAAAAUAAUCCCACCAUACAUUAAUUCAGAAAUUUUGCGUUGUAUUUGCAAACUCUUCCAUGCCUUGAAAAGUAUUUCUUUACACUUCCAUUGAUAUAAAAUAUUGCUUCAAUUAUUCAACCAAGAUAUUAUUUUUCUUCCCAAAGACCCAGCCCCAAUUUAAAUAAUAUAUUUUAAUCUUCAAUUAUUUCUCUAUCUUACUCUUUAUUGUGCUAGUUUUCUCUGAAUCCCAAUCACCCAACAUAAAAUACAACUAUCUUUUUCAAUACAAUUGUUUACAAUUUGUUCUUGCUUGCAAGUAAAGAGAAUCCCCAUUUUUCUUUUAACUUUCACCCUUUCAUCAUCUUUACAAGAAUCCAUCUUUCUUAUAAAAACUCAACCCUAAUGGCUUCUAUAGCAUCAAUCCCUCAAACCCAACUCUUUAUUAAAAAACCCAUCUCAAGUUUUAAACAAAUUAUCAAUACAUCUCAUAAAGUUUCCAUCAUUAGAAGGAAUUUCAAUCAUAAUUUUGCAGCAAUGGUUUUGGGUAAAAUUGAAAAUUCCAAAAUGAAAUUCAAGGCUUCUAUGAUGACUACUUCAGCUGAAGUCAAGAAAGGGUUUGUGGAAGAAAUGAGAAGUGUUGCUAUGAAAUUGCAUACAAAAGAGCAAGCUCCUAAAGAAGGAGAGAAAGUGGCAAAAGGACCAGAAGAGAAGUCUCCUGCUAAGUGGGACCCUACUAUUGAAGGGUACUUGAAGUUUCUUGUGGAUAGUAAGUUGGUUUAUGAUACUUUGGAGAGGAUUGUUCAGGAAGCUCCUAUUCCUUAUUAUGCCGAGUUUAGGAACACGGGAUUGGAACGAUCACAGAAUUUGGCAAAAGAUUUAGAGUGGUUCAAAGAGCAAGGGCAUUCUAUCCCUGAGCCAUCAGAACCUGGUGAAACAUAUGCAAAAUAUCUUGAAGAAUUAGCACAAAAAGAUCCUCAGGCAUUCAUCUGUCAUUUCUAUAAUGUUUAUUUUGCCCAUUCUGCUGGGGGUAUCAUGAUCGGAAGAAAGGUUGCAGAGAAGAUACUGAACAAAAAAGAGUUGGAAUUUUAUAAAUGGGAUGGUGACCUUAAGCAGUUGCUCCAGAAUGUAAGGGAGAAGCUAAAUAAAGUUGCUGAGAGUUGGACACGAGAAGAGAAGAACCAUUGUUUGGAGGAAACCGAGAAGUCGUUUAUGUACUCUGGAAAGAUCUUGCGCCUGAUAUUCGCAUAAACUUCAAAGCAGGAUUUUCAUAUAGGUUUUCGGUUUACAACUUAUCUGAUCCUUUGUUAUUGGGAUUAACACUUUGACAUUGUUGUAUUCAGUUUUCCAAUGAUGCGAACUCGGCAUCACCUGUUUAUAUCUUUCAAGAAAUUGUCUUUUUUAACAUUUUAUCCGGUAGAUUAUGUAAUGCAAAACAUGGAUUGGCAAAAUGUGCAUAUAUAAAAUUUCAGGCUUCCCAAAGUUGUUUUCUGUUGAUCCAAA